AUGUCUGAGAUGGAUGUCUCCAUGGCGGUGAUCCAAUUACGACGAACGACGGUAACGGAUCGAACAAUGUUGACACCUCAUGAUUAUGACAUUAUUGUUCUGGACGAGCCAUCGACCAGCUACGGUGUGCCCAAGUAUCAGGAUGUUCAACCAUAUCCUGUGAAGAAGCGAACAACCGUUGGAGGUCAUGGUGUUGGGAGCACUGUGAUCAAGUUGCCAUCGUUCCGAAUCAACGACUUAUCAACUAGCCUAGCUGAAUCGGUGCUGAACGAGUUAGCAGUGAAAACUAGAAGCAAUUUUCGCCGAGCUGUAGCUAUUCCACUAUGGGACGAUGAAGGACCUUCCUCUAGUGGUCGCAUUGCUCCUGGAACGGUGCUAAUGUGCGCACCUGUUCAAGCUAAAGAUCGACUGACAUAUCCUUAUGCUCGUCUGGAAAACCUCGCUCGACUGGUGAACAUGUGCAUGCAAACACCGGAGAAUCUCGACCUGCAAACAAGACAUAUGAUUUUAAGGAUAGAAGAGUGGCUGGCUCACUCACAACGGCUGAAUCCACACUUCCUCGCAUCGUUGUUCCUUAGACCCAGCGCCAGAAGUCGAGUGAUCAAAUGCUCACAUAACCCAGCCUAUGUAGGAAUCGAAAUUGAAGGAUGUCUCAGGAAUGUCUCUUGCAGCGUGCGCAGCGUAUCCUCCUCGGUGGAUCUGGACGAGAAAGUCAGAUACGGUAACCUCUGUCGAGUGGAGAUGAUCACCUACGACAAAUACAAUACAUUCGUAAUGAAUCCCUUAUUCGAUAGUGGCUUGGGAUUGGUUGACGAUGAGGACCCUGGAUAUUUCAUAGCGGCUGCUCCGAUUAGAGCAGUACGGACGUCAUCCAGGACUUCCAUCAGCUCAGAUGACUGGUCCAAACACUAUCCGUUGCACAGAGCAGCAUAUGUUGGAGAUGCCGCUGCCAUCGAGGCGCUGGUAGCGCUCGGAGUGGAUGUGAACCAGGCAGAUCGUGAUACGUGGACACCGCUGCACUACGCCGCCUUCUACGAACAUCUCGAUGCAAUGCGGGCUCUGCUGAACAGUGGGAACGCUAAUGAUUGGCUACCAAUGGUUCCUCUUUCAAAACUGUAUCCUGUAUCAAAACUGUAUUCUCUCAAUGUGAACGCCCAGAACAAAGGCGGAGCUACUGCUCUUCAUUUUGCGGCUCUGAACGGGAACGCUUACCUAGUCGAACUCCUGUUGAGCCAUCCAGGAAUAGACAUGAACUUACGAAACCGUGAAGGGAAUCGCGCUGUGGAGCUAUGCAAGGAUGUACCCAAGAGAGCAUGGCAGGAUGUUGCGAAGCUGUUGUUGAACUGGAAGACGAUCGAGAAAAUACAGGUCGAUUUUCUCGCUGCCGGCAAUGUCAUGGUGCAGCUUACUGAGGGAGCGGAGACAUCGGCUGCCAGAAUCUUGGCUGAAAUUGGGCGUGAGCUCAAAAUGGAGCCGAGCAUGCUAAGCCUCUUUGCUUUGUGGGUUUGCUCGGACAGCUUGAGCCUCCAGCUCAAACCAGACCACAAGCCGUUAGCUCAUCUGAACGUGAAAAAAUGGCGGGCAAAAGUGGAUAAAUGGACGGAACAGGAAAAUUCCCGCGAGAAACCACGGCUAGUGAUGCGACGCAGUGCGCACGCAUCCCUCGAGGCGGAAAUCAAGGCUUCCAACAAUGAAUUCGGAUUGUCACUCUUGUACGACGAGGCACGUCAAAAUUUCCUCAAAGGUUACUAUCCCUGUAAAGAGAAGGAUACGAUAUAUUUGGCCGCAGUUUCGACACGGAUACUGUACGGAAACUCGACGAAAUUGAGCGACAAACUUGAUCCUCACUGCAUAUUUCCGGCUCAUUUAUUGAUUUCAAAGGAAAAAGUUGCGGAGAUGAAAAGCAGAAUCAGUAAAGCACUGAAGGACGUCAAAUCGACGAACGUCGCCCACCUACAGCAAGAGUUCCUGGCAUGUUGCCGACAAUUUCGCACAUACGGUUCAACCUUCUUCAUCAGUGAGGUCUACAUGUCACAGCCCCACACUUCCCAUCUGCGAGCUCAUUGCGGUGUAAACGACUACGGAUUGCAUUUGAUUAGCUCAGUGUCGAUGGUGCUGGUAGCAUCGUACGAUCUUCGGGAGUUAAAAUGGUCCUACGAUAAUGGAAAACCGUUUCUGGAAGUUUACGCAAGGGCCCAUAGACACCAGAUGACGAUACGGACUCCACAAGCUGCAUACAUCUACAUGCUUUUGAGCAAGCUCUGUGGACAGAGACUGGGCAAAACAUCAACUAAUGAACUCCGCUAG